UUGCAAAUGGCAGUUAAAAUGACGGUUUUCAUUUUUUUUUAAUUUGUGUAAAUUAUUGGUAAAGUGUGUGUUGGUUUGUGAUCUUUAUUAAUGUGUACAUAAUUAAAAACGUACUUUCCUAUUUGACCCGAGUUCCUUUAUCGUACCGCCAGUAUAAACGUCAUUUACUUUAUGAUCAUUGGCGCGAUUCGAUAGUCAUCUCAAUUGUCAUUUACGAGAAAAACGAAGAAAAGCAGCAGAGGCCAUAGAGAGGGAAAAAAAAGAAGAUGAAUAAUGGCCGAGUUUGACGUUUAAUAAAUAAAUUGUUAGUAUAUUAUCUAUAAUAACGAAAUGUCUGGUAAAAAUUUUGAUAAUAUACUAUUCGAAAUGCUGAAAGAAUGCAGAACCCUGCCCAAUUUUUUGGAUAAUAUAUUUGGGUUUUUACAAAGAAGAACAGAUUUUUAUCAUAUCGCAAAAGAUGAACAUGCUAGUAUUGGUUUACCAGAUGGACUUGCGGAAAAAUUAGUGAGGCAUACGUUUUUAAAAUUCAAGCCAGACAAGAAAUAUACUUCAAAUGAUAUACCCGUAUCUAAAGAGGAAGUUGUUGCAGAAAGCUCUAUAGAUAUAGAUGAAGUUACAUCUACGACUACAGAGGAAUCGACAGAGCUUACUUUUACAAAAUCUGAUUAUUACAAUGGAGGUAUCUUUGAUAAUUAUUGUUGGUCACAAACAAUAAAGGAAGUAGAUGUUACAGUGAAGGUACCGCAAAAUAUCAAUAGGAAACAUUUGAUGGUUAGUAUACUACCAACUAGUAUAUCAGUACAGUCAAAAAAUGAAGAUUAUUUGCUAAAAGGUGAGCUUUGUGAAAAAUGUAAAGCUAACGAUACUGUCUGGUCUUUAGAUGGACAAAAAUUACAAAUACAUUUGGAGAAAUGUCGAGAAAAAUGGUGGACUUGUUUAGUGAAAGGAGAAACUGAAUUAGACAUAUCAAAAAUAGACUGUUCUAGACCUUAUGAAGAUCUGUCUGAAGAAGAACAAGCGAAAAUUGAAGAAUUAAAGUGGAAUCAAGAAAGAAAACGACUAGGAUUACCGACUUCUGAAGAAUUGAAACUUCAUGAGACUCUGAAGAAAUCUUGGGAUGCCACUGGUUCACCAUUUAGAGGACCUUUUGAUCCAAACAAUGUUAAAUUGAACUGAACAAUUUCAAGUGUGCGAUAGAUAUUGUUUGUUUUUUUUUUUUGUAAAGAUUGUAAACAUUUUUUAAAGUAUAAAAGAUUCUUAUCUAUAAUAGUUGGAUGAAAAUUGAUAAAAUUUGAAAAUUUCCAGACAAGAUUGAAUUUUUAUGGCAUUUUCUUUGCUUAUCAAUCACUACAAGGUUUUAUUCAUAUUUUAGUAAUGUAUCUUGUAUCUAUUCAAUGGAAAACCUGUUUUUUAUGAAAAGUGUCUGAAAGGUUGGUAUAACUUCAUCCAUUUGUGUCUACAUAUAUAAUAAAGAUAAAGAUCAUUUUACAUUUAUUAUAAUAUGUAAUAUUACUUUAUUAUAUAAUCUAUGUACAUAAUUAGGAUUUAAUGUUCAUUACAGUAAUCUCAUUAAUUAUAUAUCUGCUAUGACAUUUUACUCUACCCAUAAUUAUCAUAUUUGUGUAGUUUUUUUAUAUUCUAGCAUUUUAAUUAUUUUCAUUUAUCGACCCUAAACAAAUUUGUAUAAUUGACUGAUGUGUAAUAUUUCUCUUAUUAUUAUUAUUAGUAUUAUUUUUUAAAAUAUAUCUAAUCAUUUCCUUUGUAUUAUAAUCCAUGCUUUGAUAUCAUCUAGAAGGUCACCCAUUAAUAAUUUUCAUUUUUAUCUUUAUUUCCGUUGUACAUUUCUCUAUAACAUUGAUUUAUCUCAUAUUUCAAUUGUUAUACCGUUUCUUUCUAGACUUAUGAUGUAAUAAAUACUCCCAAUUCGUCAUGUUCUCUGAAUCUUUUUUCUUUUCUUCCAUUCUUUUGUAACAAGUUGGAUUUAUAUUGUUUUUUCUUUUCUACAUAAAUAAUUAGAUAUCUUUAUCUCUUUGUACAUUUACAGUGAACUUACAAAGUUUGUUAUCCAUUGCUUCAUAAAUUGUUCUUCCUUCUAGAUAACAAACUUUUUCUAUACCUCUCCUAUCUAUUUUCUUAAGUCUUUUUUUUCAUUCUCUCUCGUCGUACUAUUUACAUUUAUCACUACUUCAAAAUUCAUUUUCGUAUCUUUAUAUAAAUUCCCUUUGAUCCUUUGUAAGUUUUGUAAAUUUGUAUCAAGAUAUCAAUACGAAUAUACUAAAGAAA